CUCUCUGACGCCCUCUGUCCGCCCCCUGCGCGAGAGACCGACCAGUGCAGGCAGUAGUCGUGCAAGCAUGGCAUUAAAGGCUUCUUGCCGGGCGGCCAACCAGAACAAGAGCCCCAGAAGCGAAGAUACUGGGAGCAGCAGCAGCAGCACAGUGCCCAGCUCGCCCCCAGAAGAGGAGCGGAGGAGGAGGCUUUCCUUUUACGGCCACCGAAUCACUCGCUGCCGUUUUGACGGCGGCGACCCAAUCCGCGGCUCCCAUUCCAGUUCCUUGCCGUUUUCAGGCAGUCUACCGCUAGCUGUGGGGGAGUAUAAAAUACUCCGCCACCACCACGCCCCAGCUGCGCGGCAGCGGAAGCCUCCUCCUCCUCCCGACCUGCUCAGCUCCAGAUCUCCGCGCCGCGCCGCCGUCCCACCCCAACCCCAUGGAGCACGACGCCGAGGCGCGCCGCGGGUUCGCCAGGAUGGGCUUCGGGUGCAAGCACUACCGGAGGCGGUGCCGGAUCCGCGCGCCCUGCUGCGGCGACGUCUUCCACUGCCGCCAUUGCCACAACGAGUCCACGGUGCCGUCCUCCUCCUCCCCUCCCCUCCCUCUCCUGCUCAUCUGCUUCCAUUCACGAGCGACGCCUGACGCGCUGACGUCCCUUGCUCUGUUUUCUGUUCUGCUUUGCAUCCAUGUGCUUCUUGUUCUCGGCCCGCGUCAUUGGAUUGGAUCGGAUUGGGCGGCGCAGAAAGACGGGCACGAGCUCGACCGGCACGCCGUCCAAUCGGUCAUCUGCCUUGUUUGCGACACCGAGCAGGAGGUUGCGCAGGUGUGCUGCAACUGCGGAGUUUGCAUGGGCGAGUACUUCUGCAGGACGUGCAAGUUCUUCGACGACGAUGUUGACAAGGAGCACUACCAUUGCAAAGACUGCGGCAUCUGCAGAGUUGGAGGGAGGGAAAACUUCUUCCACUGCCAGAAGUGCGGAUCCUGCUACUCGACGACCCUGCGGGAGAAGCACUGCUGCAUCGAGAACUCGAUGAAGAACAACUGCCCCAUCUGCUACGAGUACCUGUUUGAUUCGUUGCGGGAGACGUCCGUGCUCCGGUGUGGGCACACGAUGCACCUGCAGUGCUUCCACGAGAUGUUGAAGCACGACAAGUUUUCUUGUCCCAUAUGCUCGACGUCUAUCUUCGACAUGGACAAGUUCCUGAGGGCCUUGGAUGCAGAGAUGGAAGCAAGUUACUGUUACAUGGGAAAGGGAUGGGUCGUGUGCUACGACUGCUGGGACACGACGCAGGUCUUCUCCGGCGUCGCGGGACACAAGUGCUGCCACUGCCAGUCGCACAACACCUGCAGGGUCGCUCCCCCCGUCCUCCCGUAGCCAGCGGUCGCCAGAUCAUUGCUGUUGAUUCAUCCGUCGUCGAUCUCUGCCUACACGAGUCAGCGGCGAAGAUCCAUGACGCAGUAUCAUUAUAGCGUCCAUUCCAUGUAUUCUAUUCCAGUCCAAGAUGAACUGCGGCAUGUUCGUCUCACUACACAAUUAACACGCAGAAUUAGCGUGGAUGCGCCGUUUAUUUCAGAGUCCGACUCACGGCGCAUUUGUACCGCAAAGAAGGUUCUUGUGGCAGCAACUUUGGUGUCGUUCAAAAUUUUUUGAUACGGAAGGAGCCAAGCCAACAAAUUUUCACUACACUUUGUUUGUCUGGCUGUGGCCGAUGGCAAAUGAUGAUUUGGUGUCAGAGAAAACAUUGUUAUUAGUUGUCAGCAGAAAAGAGUGAUAUGUUUAAAGUUUGAUAUCUACUA